AUGCCCCAGAUGUUCGAGCUCGUCGGCCCCGGACUGGCGUUAAGACAGGGGGUGAACUGGAGGAGUGUAAAAAGGGAACCAUGAUACCUCGCCGUUAGAACCCGGGCCAUCUGUAGGCGGAGGGCAUUUACGGUGCAAGCUGCGCUUCUAGGACUACUGGUACCAGUAUACUAUGUUUUGUUGAAAUACAAUCCGACCCCGAUAAUCUCUUCUGAUCAAGCCUUAUACUCCCUUGGAUGAAAUGGUAUACAAGCUAUUUCAGGGGAGAUCAGGAUAUACUCCCAUACGGUACAUACGCGAGGAGAUAUCACUUGGUUUUAGUUGCUUAGCGGAAGAUCGAAACGGAAACUCCAGUGCAGUUACACUGCGCUCUUUUAACAUGGCGAGUCCAUUAGCAAGAUGAAUUGAUUCGCGCGCCUAGCGCCAAUUCGUCCCAGUAAGAAGUCGAACACUUUCUUCGUGAUAGAGCUGCGGAACCGACCUCAGAUUCGCUGCUGAAUUCCGGAUGGAAGCCGCCGGCGCAAGCGGGUGGAUUCCACAAUCGGCUGGGGCUGGCACUAAUAGAACCUUCAACGGUCUGCUAUUGAUCCGCCCAACCACAGAAUGCGAUACGGAGGACAAACAGGACACAGUUCACAAGUUUGCUACCAAUAGCUCUUGUGCCCCAGGUGGUACCCCACUACGAUGGAGCCCUGCGAUGGAAACUCCAGUUGCGAACGAAUAUGCUCAUGCUCGAUUUCGUCGCACAAAUUCCCCCGCCCUAACGAAGCCUGCCAAUCGGAUAAUUCAAAUUAAUAAUUCAUGCGCCCUCCCCACAAACCCCACGCAGAUUCAAUCCGCAAAGGCCAAUGGUUAA